AUGGAUAAUCAUCCAGUUGUGUUAGGGAACCAAGAUGGCAAGACAGCUUCAGGUGCAGCACCUACAUUUUCCAUCCUUGCAAAACAGCCACAGUGCAGUGGAAGAGCUGAUCAAAGAAACUUGCUUUCAAAUCAUGAUAGCUGUGAUCUUAUGAGCAGUGCAAUAUCCUCAGUAAAAUCUAAAGUGAAGACUUGCCUUCCUGCAAAUUGUACCUCUGGAGGCAUUACUGUCACCCUGGACAACAAUACUAUGUGGAAUGACUUCUACCAUUGCAAUACAGAAAUGAUUCUCACUAAGCAAGGAAGACGGAUGUUCCCGUACUGUCGAUACUGGAUCACAGGCCUGGAACCCAACCUAAAGUAUAUCUUGGUCAUGGAUAUUUCUCCUGUUGACAACUUCCGCUAUAAAUGGAAUGGUUAUAGUUGGGAGCCCAGUGGGAAAGCCGAACCUCAUGUCUUGGGGCGGGUAUUUAUUCACCCAGAGUCCCCUUCUACAGGUCGUUACUGGAUGCUCCAGCCAGUGUCUUUCUACAAACUCAAACUUACUAACAAUACCUUGGACCAGGAAGGGCAUAUCAUUCUGCACUCUAUGCACCGCUAUCUACCUCGACUACACCUGGUGCCUGCUGAUAAAGCCACAGAAGUUAUUCAGCUCAAUGGUCCUGAUGUCCAGACAUUCACCUUCCCACAGACAGAGUUCUUUGCAGUGACGGCCUAUCAAAACAUACAGAUUACACAAUUAAAAAUUGGCUAUAAUCCAUUUGCAAAAGGAUUAAUGAAAGAUGGACUGAAAAGUAGAUUCCAGUAUGAAGUAAAGCAAAAUGCUAUGUCACUGCACGAAGCCUUUCCUAAUUGUGACAGAUGUUCUUAUUCUCCUGGAGCUGUUAUUUUGAAUUCUGGGCAAAGAGACCUAAAUGCUUCACACAGGAGCCAGAAGAUGUGUAAUACUGGUUUGGAAAGAGAAUCAUUUAUUUCGGACACCAAUGAGCAUGAUGAACAAGCAUUAAAGCAGGAGUCAUCUGAAUUUCUAAUAGCUAACGCUUGUGAAAGUAACUCCCAUGUGAAGCCUCUGCUAAUCUCAAAUGAAGGCAUCAAUAUUUCCAUUGAAGAGGAGCUGGUAGAUGACUGUGAUUCUGCUCCAAAUGUCAAUACAGAAAGGAUAUGGAUGAAGCAGGAAGACACCCAUAAAGAGACAAAAGAUUUUUCCUGUAAUGAUGACGAUCCCAUACUGGAGAAGCAGUUGAAGAAACAUAAGUUUAUGCUUGAUCUUGAGGAUGUGGAUGGAGUCCUAUUUGUAUCCUUUGAAUCAAAGGAAGGUCUCCAUAGUCACACUAUUGAUAAAUCUGGGAGAACAGAAGAUCUGCAAAAUGUACAGAAUCCUUUACAGAUUACAUAUGAUUCAGGUACUGACUUAGCGUGAAAAAAGUUAAGUCUGCUAGAAACAAAGCUCUUAGAAGAUUUGAAGUCUUUCAGACACAAACAAGUGAUACAUCCCAGUCUUAGAGAAGUGGGAAUGAAGCUGGGCUCUGUGGACCCAACAAUUAGCAUUGACCUAAAAUAUUUGGGUGUACAGCUGCCUCUGAGCUCUUCGAAGGAUCAUUUAUUUGGUAACAACCAAGGAACAAGUCCCAGUUCUUUAGAUUCUGGCCUUUCUUUCAUUUCCAAGACUGGGAAAACUGAUAAUUUUAGAAAGAUAAAGGGGUGGCAGGAAAAAUUCCACUCUGCUGCUGAGCAGAAAGGUAGCAUUCCAGAGGGAUCCUUGAAGAAUCGAGCAGCCUUCUGUAGUGAUAAGCUUGAUGAAUAUUUGGAAAGUGAAGGGAAACAAAUGGAAACAAGUAUGGAAAUUUCUACUAGCUUCUCCAGUCACCCUCUGGUUUACCAGCUUUCAUCUGAAAGGAGCAACUAUGUUCAAGCACAUGACAGCAUUCUAAAGAAGACAUCUACUAUUACUCCACCCACAUCUUAUAGUCUGAAUUCUCCUUUGCCUUCCAUUUUUAGAAAGAGCAGAAGAAAUGUUUACAGUAAACAAGCAGCUUCUAGAGGCAGCAUAGGAUUCAAUAAUUCGGCAGUGCCUUUACCUGUUUUAUCAAAGGAGAAACAUAACUUCCAAACCUUGGAAGACAAAUGUAUUCAUUCUCAGCCAAACAGCAAAACGGAUAAUACAGUAGAUGUUCUUAUGAUACCAGACUUAGAUGAAAAUAUGCAGGGAAAACAGAGAAGUAUAUGCCAAUCAAAGCAGAACAGUCACUUAUCUAAGUCUCAGAGAAAGCUGAUGGACUUGGAGGGUUAUGCAUUGCAGGAUGGGAAGGCACAAACUUAUAUUACUGAGGAACGUGCAGACUUUUCUCUGACAACUUUGUUCAUUUCACAGGCUUUACUCAACCACAGACAUGUUUGCAAAUUAAUCAGAAGGCAAACCACACUGUGCAGCAGCAAUUUUUGCCAACAUGGGUGUGUUUGUACUAGCUUAGCUCUUGAGAAGUCCCAACCUACAAUUUCCGGCAAUACAAAAUGCACGACAGUGAUUGUGAGCUUCCUGAAGAACUUUGUGAUACAGAGAAUGACUCUGGAGCAGGCUGAACUCAGGAACAGUAAGCCAAAGGAUGUGGCACGAACUGUUGCUAGGUUUCGUUCAAAGCACACAGAAGAAGAAUGUUGCCGCCGAAAAGAAAUUAAAGAACUCUUUGAAAAAUUGCAGAUGACUUUGCGAUUGCACAGCCUCCCUAGAGUUGCCAAGCGCAUCCUGCUUGAAAAAGCCUUUGAAGAGAUCCAGGGACUAACAGAUCAGGCAGAUAAACUGAUGGGUCAGAAGAAGUUACUGAUGCACAAGCAGGGCAUCUUGAUUCGUAAAGUAUCUGCACUAUCAGGGAAGACAAAAGAGAUUGUCUUGAAGAAACUACAAACUGCAAAGCAGAAAGCAAUAGAAGUGCAGCAGCAACAGCAAAAACAGUCAGUGAAAGCUGUUGAAACUGCAGAGACUGCUAGGCCAGAUAUGCAAAACAGUCUUCCUUCUGAGACAAAAGAAGUGAUUCUGUCUAAAAGGCAAGAGAAACCCAUGCUACUUUCCAGGACUGGAAGUUGUACCACAGAAAUUGAAGACUCGUUCUUGAUGCCAAGGAUAGUAAAUGUGAUGUCUCUUGCUACUGAAGAAAAUACAGAUUUAAAUCUGGAUGUAAAGAGGAAUCCUUAUGUAUCCCUUAUUAUAGAUUCCCAGUCAUCUGAGUCUUUCUUGCCAGUAGUACCUCUGGAAACAAUCAAUAUUCAGUCUGUAGAAAAUGCUGACGGUUCUCGUGGAAACAAGAGAGACACUGCUGAAACAACAGAACAUAGGAGCAAAGAAAAUGUUUCCCCACAAAUAGUAAAUGUCUGCACUUUAAAAGAAUCUUCAGAUUCCUUCGCAACAAAAUUCUGCACUGAAGAAUUAGCUCAAAGCCAGGUAGAAGAAAAACAGACAAACAGGGGAGGAGGCAGACAACAGUCAAAGGAUUCUUCAUUCCAAGAGUUGCAGGUUAAGGAACCCAAAGUCCUUGGGUUACAAAUGGGAUUGCAAAAAGUAGCCUCUACAAUACUGGCACCAGAUGCAAGUGACCUAAUGAAUAUGGAGGACAAUGAUGACACAGAUGAAACUUUCACUUCUCUUCAGAAAGAACCCGCGUUUCUUAACCAGCAGUUGAAUGAUAAUGCUUCAUACACAUCAGAUCUCCCCAGAUCUCUUCAUUCUUGCUUUUCUCCCAGAGACAUGAAGAGUCAUAUGGAAUCAGCUACCAGAGAUGGAUCUCCCUUUCAAUUUGACCUGUUAGGCAGGAGCUUCCAGAACCUUUGUCUUGUUCAAGAGAGCAGUGGUUCCAUUACCCCUCUCUUGCUUCAGCUGGAAGAUGACAGUGUAGCUGAUUGUGAUAGGAUCUUAGGUCAGCCUUUAUUUAAACCAGGUAUUUUGAAAUUAAUGUUAGGCUCUGAAGUAAUGGAUCCAAAUACCAAUCUCUCAGCAAUAAGUAUUGGUGGAAGUGAAAAAUAUAUGGAACCUCUGUCAAAGAUCACACAUCUGUCACCUCCAAGCCUAAAGAUGAAGACUAAUCAGAAACCUGACAAAGCUGACUCAGUAUGGAAGCCCAUGCCCAAACUGGCUCCCUUUGGAUUAAAGCCUGCCAAUUUUCCGUCACAUUCAGGAUGGCAGAUUAACAAAGUGAUGCCUUUGUUGGCACCCAGUAAGGCCAAAGUGUCAUCCAUUGGAUUAAAAACCACAAAGUCAGUUACUAGUCAAGAACAGGACUGAAUGUAAUGCCUAAACUUACACCAGUAAUUUCAGUAUCAAAAUAGUAUUACAGCUUUUACUUUGUCAAAUACAUGCCCUAUUGUUCAGAAACAAAAAACAAGUCUGGAAUGUGCACCAUAUGGCACAAUUUCAGUACCAAGUCCUGUACAUGUAAUUUAUGAAGUGAAGCAUUUUGGAGAAUUAGCUGAGUGAACAUCAGGACAGACUAAAUCCACAAUCAAAUUAUUUGGGCAAGCCAAACAGUCUAAUUAUGUGUCUUCGCAAUUAUACACUUGUUGUUUCUCUAGAACAUUUGUGAAAUAAUGUAUUUUAAAUAAAAGACUUCAGAAUUUUUUUCAUGUUUGCCUAUGAAGAAGAGCAGAGAUUGUGAGGAUUCAGUUUUUCAAAAUACCAACAUGACAAUUUUUGAAUCAAUACUCGUAUCAUUCACUUGAUCAAAUUUUCAUAGGACUUCAGAAAAACUUUAAAAGAAUUAAGUUCUUAUUUGCUAGUCUUUCCUCUCUUGUUUCCUUUAUCAGUUUUUGAAAAGCAUUAUUAAUUUUUCUAUUCAUUUAUACCCUGUCUUUUUCCCCAGUGGGGACCCAAAGUGGUUUACAUUGUUCUCUUCCAUUUUAUCCUCACAACAACCCUGCAAGGUAGGAGGUAGGUUAGGCUGAGAGAGAGUGACCUGCCCCAGGUCAUGCAGCAAGCUUCCAUAGCAGAGUGGGGAUUUGAACUUGGGGCUCUCAGAUCCUAGUCUGACAUUCUAACCAUUAUAGCACACUAGCUUGAAAGCCACAGAGUAGUCUUUCUCCUUUUUAUAUUCUGAAAAGUCAAGGGUCCUUACAUUAAAAAUAGUGUAUGUAUGCAUGCAUAUGAAUAUCUUUUCCUUCACCAUCUAAUUCUUUAUAGACCUUCAUGCAGCCACAUGAGAACUGCUAGUCCCAGGGUGCUGUUCUAUAUUCACAAUACGCUUGUGAAUUCCUCAGGCAUUGAGGUGUGGGGGAGCAUUGCACGUGUCUUUUCUACCUUAUUGGCAGCCUACUGGGAGGAAGGAUGGGUGAGAUUGGAUCCACGCACACAGGUGCAGUAUUCAUGUAUGCACCGCAGUCAAAUGACAUAGCACCAUGGGUUGGGUAGAUCUUGUGGCUGUGUGUGAAGGAGGUCAUAGUUUCAGGAGAAUCAGCAUUUACUUUUUGAAUGUAUUUGGCUACUUCCUCUGACUGUAUUGCCAAGCUUUGAUUAUUAAUUUACCUGCUGAAAUGCAAGCCACUUGGAAUUGCUAAAACAAAAUAAAACUCUUAGGGUCAGGUACUCUACAGAAA